GGCCGGGCGAGCCGGACUUGGGGUUGGGGACGAUCGGUGGCGGCCGCGUCCCUAGUGCGUGGCUGCCGGUUGCCGGGUGUUUCAUCACCCGAGUGGCCACGAGGCUUCGCCCAGGGAGGGAUCCGGGCGAAGGAUAGGGGGCGAGGCCGGCCUAGGAGGCUGCCCCCAACCCCAUUUGUGAUAGUUUUAGAGUGCGUCCCACCAGUUUGAGCUGUAGGGACCUUAAAGUUGAUUCACUACGCACCCCGGGACAAAUAGGAGAAAAGUAUUAUUUCUGCGUAGUAAUUUGCCAGCAGGGACAGCCUUUUCCCCUCUUUGCUUCUUUACAGUCUUGCAGCAGUGGAGAAGCGUGAUGUAUCCCUGUAACCUGAAAAACGAGUACUUUUUGGAAACCUUAAUUAGUUGCCACUGGGGGAAGUUACGUUGUAUUAAAGCGACUUGUCAACUUGAUGUUAAAAACUUGGAAAGAUUAAGUUGAUCUCAAACAGGCUUAAGUAGGUGUGGAGGAAUUUUCCACAUUGAUUCUUCUUGACUUAAUGGCUGAGGAAAAAAUUGAGGUUUCCUAUUUUACUUGUAUUUCUCGCCCCCCCAUCCGCCUUUGCAGGUGGUAUAAAAUGUUUACCAUAUUGUAACAAUGUUUAAGCCUGCAAGGCUCUGUAUAGGUCAGAAUACUAAGCGUCCUUUCCCAGUCUUUAUUAAUAAGUUGUUACCUUUUAACCCUGUGUUUUAUUCACAGGUGGGUGAUUUUCCAUCUCGUUUUAUUUUGGUCUAAUUUUUUUUCCCGUAUGUGUAGAGGGCGAAGGUUUGUGAGGGAUUCCUUCUCUAUGGAUAACUAUAACAGGUUUGCUGAGGAUUUUUUGUUUUCUUGAGCAUGUGCUCAGCCGGGCCUCUUAUUUUUUUUUUUUUUUCCUCUUUCAACAUUAGUGUGAAUGACAAAACGCUUAAGCAGUUUUCCCCAAAGCAAUGAUUAAUUUAAAGGAACUCUAGAGGGUUUCUCAGUCAGGGUUUACAGACAUCCUUACACCGACUUUUCCCUCUGAGCAUUUAUCAGAGGAAUAAUACUUUUACUUUAAGAAUGUUUCUAGUGCAUCCUGUGUUCCAUACCUCUAAAUUUAUACCCUAUUGGAGGCAUGCUUUACACACAUUGUAGUCAUUUUUAGGACUUUGCCCCUUUUCCUGCUGACAGAAUGGAAUGCAUACUUUUGUUGUUCGUAGCUUCAAUUUUUUUUUUUUUUUUGAGACAGAAUCUCACUGUAGCUCUGGCUAGCCAGAACAUCCAUAUGUAGAUAGACCCAGAUCCCGGUGUCUCCACCUCCCAAGCAGUAGGAUUAAAAGAUGAUUGUGGAUUCUUCUGUGGGAUUAGAAACCACGUUUGUUGUGAUCGGAAAACUCCAGGAAUAGCAGCAGAGAUGGAUGAACAGGCUCUAUUAGGGUUAAACCCAAAUGCCGAUUCAGACUUUAGACAAAGGGCCCUGGCUUAUUUUGAGCAGUUAAAGAUUUCCCCAGAUGCCUGGCAGGUAUGCGCAGAGGCUCUCGCACAGAAGACAUACAGUGAUGAUCACAUAAAGUUCUUCUGCUUCCAAGUAUUAGAGCAUCAAGUUAAAUACAAGUACUCAGAACUAAGCACUGCUCAGCAACAGCUCAUCAGGGAGACGCUUCUCUCAUGGCUUCAGGCUCAGAUGCUGAAUCCGCAGGCAGAGAAGACCUUCAUACGAAACAAAGCGGCCCAAGUCUUCAUGAAACUCGUAGAAUCCUUGUGUCAAGUAUUACAGACUGCUGGGUUUUUCAGCAUCGAUCAGGAAGAAGAUUUGGACUUCGUGGCCAGGUUUUCUAAGCUGGUAAAUGGAAUGGGACAGUCGUUAAUAGUUAGCUGGACUAAAUUAAUUAAGAAUGGGGCUGUCAAGAAUGCACAGGAGGCACUGGAAGCCAUUGAGACAAAAGUGCCACUUAUGUUACAGCUGCUAGUUCACGAGGACGAUGACAUUUCUUCCAACAUCAUUGGGUUUUGUUAUGAUUAUCUCCAUAUCCUGAAACAGCUUUCAGUACUCUCUGAUCAGCAAAAAGCUAAUGUAGAGGCAAUCAUGUUGGCCGUUAUGAAAAAAUUGACUUAUGAUGAAGAAUAUAACUUUGAAAAUGAGGGUGAAGAUGAAGCCAUGUUUGUAGAAUACAGAAAACAGCUGAAGUUACUGUUGGACAGACUUGCUCAGGUGUCACCAGAGCUAGUGCUGGCUUCUGUUCGCAGAGUCUUUAGUGCCACGCUGCAGAACUGGCAGACCACGCGCUUCAUGGAGGUUGAAGUAGCCGUGCGAUUGCUGUACAUGCUGGCGGAAGCUCUCCCCGUGUCCCAUGGCGCUCACUUCUCAGGUGACAUGUCAAAAGCGAGUGCUUUGCAGGACAUGAUGCGGACGUUGGUGACAUCAGGAGUCAGUUCCUACCAGCACACAUCUGUGACCUUGGAGUUCUUUGAAACUCAUUCCAGUCCUAAAGUCCGGAGCAGAACUGCUUACCUGUUUUCUAGAUUUGUCAAAUCUCUCAANAAACAAAUGAAUCCUUACAUUGAGGAUAUUUUGAGUAGAAUACAAGAUUUAUUAGCCCUUUCUCCACCGGAGAAUGGUUACCAGUCCUUGCUGAGUAGCGACGAUCAGCUCUUCAUUUAUGAAACAGCCGGGGCACUGAUUGUUAACAGUGAAUACCCCGCAGAAAAUAAGCAGGCCUUAAUGAAGGACCUCCUGACACCGCUGAUGGAGAGGUUUAAGGUUCUGUUGGAAAAGCUGAUGAUGGCGCAGGAUGAAGAGAGACAAGCAUCUCUUGCAGACAGUCUCAACCACGCGGUUGGAUUCGCUAGUCGAACCAGCAAGGCCUUCAGCAACAAGCAGACUGUGAAACAGUGUGGCUGCUCCCAAGUCUAUCUGGACUGUUUACAGACGUUCCUGCCAGCCCUUAGCUGCCCUUUGCAAAAGGACGUGCUCCGAAGCGGGGUUCGGACCUUCCUCCAUCGAAUGAUCAUCUGCCUCGAGGAAGAGGUCCUCCCAUUCAUCCCCUCUGCCUCAGAGCACAUGCUCAAAGACUGCGAAGCGAAAGACCUCCAGGAGUUCAUUCCACUCAUCAACCAGAUCACGGCCAAGUUCAAGCUGCAGGUAUCCCCAUUUUUACAGCAGAUGUUCAUGCCCCUGCUUCACGCCAUCUUUGAAGUGCUGCUGCGGCCGGCAGAAGACAACGACCAGUCAGCGGCAUUGGAGAAGCAGAUGCUGAGGAGGAGCUACUUCGCCUUCCUGCAGACGGUCACUGGCAGUGGGACGAGCGAAGUGAUCGCCAAUCAAGGUGCAGAAAAUGUAGAACGGGUGCUGGUUACUGUUAUCCAAGGAGCCGUUGACUAUCCAGAUCCAAUUGCACAGAAAACGUGUUUUAUCAUCCUCUCAAAGCUGGUGGAGCUCUGGGGAGGCAAGGAUGGACCAGUGGGCUUUGCUGACUUCGUUUAUAAGCACAUUGUCCCAGCGUGUUUCCUGGCACCUUUAAAGCAGACCUUUGACCUGGCAGACGCACAGACAGUAUUGGCGCUUUCUGAGUGUGCCGUGACUCUGAAAACAAUCCAUCUCAAACGGGGCCCCGAGUGUGUUCAGUAUCUUCAACAAGAAUACCUGCCCUCCCUACAAGUUGCUCCAGAAAUAAUUCAGGAAUUCUGUCAAGCACUUCAGCAGCCUGAUGCUAAAGUUUUUAAAAAUUACCUAAAGAUGUGUGCUGUAUGGAUGUGGGCUCUAGAGAAUGGAAGAACCAGAGAGAUUAGAGGGCAGCUGUUGGAGUUAAGGUGAGCAGGUCAAGUCUGUCUUGAGGGCAGUCAGGACAGGAACUUGAAACACAAACCAUAGAGGAACACUGCUUGCUGGCUCGGCACAGGCUAAAGCGUAGCUGGUUUUCCUACACAGUCCAGAACCACCUACCCAGAUAGUGGUGUUACCCAAAGUUGGCUGAUCCUUCUCCUAUCAAUUAAAAGUCAAGACAUUGUCCCACAGACCAGUCCUCAAUAGACAGGGAUGUCAGUCCCUCAGUUGAGACUUCUCUGGUGACCAUAGGCUAUGGCAACAGUUGAAGCCAACUAAGACAGAUGGCUUCCUUUUAGGCUUUCUUUUGGGACAGGGUCUUUCUUAUGUAGCACAGGCUAGCUUAGAAUUCAGUGUCUCUUGCUUCAGCCUCCUAGCUUUUGGAAUGGCAGGUGUGAGUCACCAUGUCCUACUUUUCUGCACGUAGAUUGUCAGGUGAAUACCGGCUCUCUAGGUCUUUGGGACAUGCCUAGAGGGUAAGCAUCCCCAUCAGAAAUCACUGCCUGCCGUGUGCUAUUUCUAGUGCAUGUUCAAUUCACAUCACUGUGUGUGGACUGCAGUGCUGGCCAGUGCCUGGUCUGACUGCUAGCCCACUCUUUGGUCUCAGAUAUUAAACUGUAAAACCUUCUAAUCACCAAAUCAACAGCAGCUCUUUUAAGGCCGAAGGCAAUAUUGUUUGCUACCAAAGCGUGACUAGUGUUCAGAAGCCUUGAAAAGAAAACCCAUCCUUUCU